UGGUUGUCUUUGCAGACGCUGCCAUCACUGGGAGCCCUGUACUAUCAGCCAUGGUCAACUCCAUCAUGUUUUUUGACAUCACCAUCGAUGGCAAGCCCUUGGGCCACGUCUCCAUCAAACUGUUUGCAGACAAGAUUCCAAAGACAGCAGAAAAAUUUCAUGCUCUGAGCACUGGAGAGAAAGGAUUUUGUUAUAAGGGUUCCUGCUUUCACAGAAUUAUUCCAGGGUUGAUGUGUCAGGGUGGUGACUUCACAAGCCAUAAUGGCACUGGUGGCAAGUCCAUCUAUGGGGAGAAAUUUGAUGAUGAGAACCCGAUCCUAAAGCAUACAGGUUCUGGUAUCUUGUCCAUGGCAAAUGCUGGACCCAACACAAAUCGUUCCCAGUUUUUCAUCUGCACUGCCAAGACUGAGUGGUUGGAUGGCAAGCAUGUGGCCUUUGGCAAGGUGAAAGAACGCAUGAAUAUUGUGGAAGCCAUGGAGCACUUUGGGUACAGGAAUAGCAAGACCAGCAAGAAGAUCACCAUUGCUGACUGUGGACAAUUCUAAUGAGUUUGACUUGUGUUUUAUUUUAACCACCAGACCCAUUCCUUCUGUAGCUCAGGAGAGCACCCCUCCACCACAUUUGCUUGCAAUAUCCUAGAAUCUUUGUGCUCUUGCUGCAGUUCCCUUUGGGUUCCAUGUUUUCCUUGUUCCCUUCCAUGCCUAGCUGGAUUGCAGAGUUGAGUUAAGUUUAUGAUUAUGAAAUAAAAACUAAGUAACAA